GAGACAUGAGCGGUGACUAUGAGAGCGGUGACUACUUCAUGCGCAGUCGGAAGGCUCGCGACAAGCCGUCGCUGUGGGACUCCUUCCAAGACCCGCCCUCGAAGAACAAGAGCGGCUCCGAUGUCGACUGGAAGAAGCUGCAGUUCUUCCUCAAGCUCUUCAAGCUCUGCGUCUACCUCCUGGUCUUUGCUGUGGUUCUGGCCACGAGUGUGCUUGCCCAGUUGCUUUAUCUCUACAUGGCCGGGAACACUGGAGGUGGCGGUGGGCCGCGGGUGCAGGUGUGCAGCAAGUACCUGCUCCUCCGCAGCGGUGGGGAGGUUGUGGCCGCCCGCAACAAGCUGGACCAGAUCGCCUGGGUGUGGGCCUUGAUCUUUGCCUUUGCAGCUCCCGAACUGCUGACCUUUUUGCGUUCACUUCGAAUCUGCCUGUUCAAGAGGGAGCAGCGACCAAGCGGACUGGAAGUGGGUCUGGUCACGCUCUUUGAACUGCUGCACGUCGUUGGCCUGGCCCUGCUCACCUUCACCGUGCUCCCGGCGCUGGAUGUGACGCGCGGUGCGAUGCUGUGCUGCUGCGUCUGCUUUGUGCCCGCCCUGCUCAAUUUGCUGACGGGCACGCGGCUGCACUGGAAGUCGGUGGACAGCCUGGUCCUGGGCCUCUCUAUCCUGGCGCUGUUGGCGCAGGGCAGUGCCUUCCUGCUCUGGCCCUCGAUGAGCGACCGACUGGAGGUGCAGCUGCUGACCAUUCCGCUGCUCCUCGUCUCAUUCCGCUGGUGGGAGAACUUUGCCAACACCCACGAGGCCCUGGCCUAUAUCAUUCGCACCAUUCGUUGCACCCGCUCCCGUUACCACAUCUACCUCUACCUAGCACCCCUGAAGGUCAUAGUUUUUGCGGGUAUGGGCUUCCUCCUACACGGCCAGGAUUUUGUGGAGUAUUUCACCCGGUUCCUGGAUGCCUGGCGGCCGCACCUCAUCACGCUGGUGCAAACCGGCGGCGACUCCAUUGCACUGAAUUCCACCCUAGGCAACUCAUCAAUCAGGGCCCAGCCGCCCAGGACGCAGUUCACGAUGCAGUCCAGUCCCAAUGCGGUGGUCUAUGCCAUGGCCGUGCAGGUGGUGGCCGCGUAUUUGUGCCACGUUUUCGGCAAGUUUGCCUGCAAAAUCAAGAUCCAGGUGUUUAGCUACGCCCUGCCCCUCAGCCUGGCCGGACCGACAGCGGUGUGCGUGGUUACUUACCUGGCCCAUCUGCGGGCUGCGGAUCCGUGCUCUCUGCACGGUCUCCUGCCGGACUAUCUUGGCCUGCAGGCUCUGGGUGGGAAUGUGGAGGAACUGGGACAGCGCUGCCUCGACUUGGCCCUGUGGCUGUGGCCUCUGUGGUGGCUGGGCCAGGUUUGGACCUGCCUGCACAUCUGGCAGCCUCACAACGACAAGAACGCCCAGACCGAGAAGCUAUUCGUGUGUCCCUGGUACUGCGGCCUGCUGGUGGACCAGUGCUCGAUGAUGAACCGCCGGAUUGUGGACUGGAGCGAGGAGUAUCUGGCCAUCAAGAGCGACUUAACCACGCCACGGGACCCGGUGGUGGCUCUAGCAGCCGACAUCAAUGCCAGCCGGGACAUCCAGGAGGAGGACAAGGUGCCGCAGCUGAUUGUCUGCGCCACCAUGUGGCACGAGACCGAGGACGAGAUGAUGGAGUUCCUCAAGUCAAUCGUGCGCCUGGACGAGGAUCAAUGCGCCCGCCGCAUGGCAAAGACGCACCUAAACGGCGGCAAGGCGGACGACGAGUACUAUGAAUUGGAAACCAACAUUUUCUUUGACGACGCCUUCGUGCUGGACCCCCGGCAGUGUCAGAACAAGCGUAAUCCUCCGGUGAACGAGUACGUGAAGACCCUCACCCGCACCAUCGACAAGGCUGCCUUCGAGGUUUAUGGUGUAAAUAUCCGUCUAAAGCCGCCGCUGAAGAUCGAGACGCCUUACGGGGGACGCUUGGUUUGGACUCUGCCUGGACGUACCAAGAUGGUGGCUCACUUGAAAAACAAGGACAAAAUCCGGCACAAGAAGCGCUGGUCGCAGGUCAUGUACAUGUAUUACCUGCUCGGCUACCGUAUCAUGGAGACGGAGCAGCUGUCGCCGCGGCGCAAGGCGGUGAUAGCGGAGAAUACCUUUAUCCUGGCCCUAGAUGGAGACAUUGACUUCCAGCCCCGGGCCGUCCAGCUGUUGAUUGAUCGGAUGAAGGCCGUGGAUGAGCUUGGCGCCGCCUGUGGUAGGAUUCAUCCGGUGGGCCGGGGUCCUAUGGUGUGGUAUCAGCGCUUUGAGUACGCUAUUGGCCAUUGGCUGCAGAAAGCCACGGAGCACGUGAUCGGCUGCGUGCUGUGCAGUCCUGGAUGCUUCAGCCUGUUCCGGGCCAGCGCCCUCAUGGAGAACAGCGUGAUGAAGCGCUAUACGAUGGUCAGCUCGGAGGCCAUGAAGAUGGUACAGUACGAUCAGGGCGAGGAUCGCUGGCUCUGCACCCUGAUUCUGAAGGCUGGUUCGCGGGUGGAGUACUGUGCCGCCUCCGAUGCCUACACGCAUGCGCCGGAGAGCUUCAACGAGUUUUACAACCAGCGUCGUCGCUGGGUACCCUCCACCAUAGCCAACAUCUUUGAUAUCCUGGCCGACGCGGAGACGGUGGUUAAGAAGAACAACUCUAUAUCGACGAUGUAUAUUUGGUACCAAGCCAUGCUCAUGAUCGGCACUGUGCUGGGUCCAGGCACCAUCUUCCUUAUGAUGGUGGGCGCCCUAGUGGCCGUUUUCACCAUUGACAUCUGGACAGCUUUUUUGUGGAACUUCUUUCCCAUCCUAUUCUUCAUUCUGGCUUGCGUCUACCUAAAGCAAAAGUUCCAGCUGCUGAUAGCCUUUGUGGUCAGCUCGCUGUACUGCCUGGUCAUGAUGGCGGUCCUCAUUGGCAUCAUUGUGCAGAUGCUGGAGGAUGGACCGCUGGCGCCUGCCUCGCUCUUCUUUCUUCUUGUGGCUGUGCAGAUAACCAUAGCAGGCUUCAUGCACCCGCAGGAAUUCUGGGCCCUGCUGUGUGGCGUCAUCUACUACAUUACCAUUCCCUCGAUGUACAUGCUACUCAUGAUCUUCUCGGUCUUCAACAUGAACGAUGUAUCCUGGGGCACUCGAGAGGCGCCCGUGCUCAAGGAUGACGACAAGGAAGAGCCUGGCGAGACGGAGCACCAACUGCCUGGGUGGCUCAACGACCCCCUAUUGAUAGACUCGGAGCUCGGUGAGAUCCCAUUAGCGGAGCAGCGCUUCUGGAAGGAUAUGAUCAAGCAGUACCUAAAGCCCUUGGAGCUGAGCCGCGAGCAGAAGCAGGCAAUGGCCGAUGGACUGAAGGAGCUGCGCAACAUGAUUGCCUUUGCCUUUGUGAUGGUAAAUGCCAUCUUUGUGCUGAUUGUAUUCCUGCUGCAGCUGAAGAAAGAGUUCCUGCACCUGAAGUGGCCUAUCGAUCCCACGGACUUUGUGUCCUUUGAUCGGGACAACCUGACUGUGGGCAUUUACCGGCAGUACAAGGAGCUAGACCCCAUCGGCCUGUGCUUUGUGAUCUUUUUUGGCCUGAUCCUGAUCAUUCAGUUUAUUGCUAUGUUCUUCCACCGCUUCGCCACCAUGUGCCAGCUGCUGGCCACCACGCGGGUCGACUGGUUCCGCUCUGGCGGUCAGUUCACCGAUGAGGAUGCCGCCCAUGAGCUAAAGGGCAGUGCGGUGAACAUUGCGCGAAAGCUGCAGCGCCCAAAGAGGCUGUUUGAUGAGGACGAGGAGGAGCACCACUACGACGAGCUGAUGCUAGAGGCCUCGAGAUCCGGCUCUGGGGAGCAUCGAGAGAGCAUGGUGCGCCGGCAGACGAUCUUCCGGCUGCACGAGACCAGGAACAAGCAGCACAGCGACUACAGCAACUUGGUGUUCAACUUUGAGCGGCGAUUCUUUGGCGAUGACGAUCUGAACCUCCAGAACCUGGCCCUGAAUCGCAAGUCCGUAAAGCUAUUCCAAAAGCGCAGAUCCGAGGCCAAGGUCAAUGCGGCCAGUACGCCCGGCGGCACACCCACUCCCAAGGCCGGCAAGCGACCGCCUUUGGUUCCCAAGAAUGUGAGCUUCAGUGGCAUGAACAGGAACAGCAAUCAGAUCUAUGAUAAUGGCGGCUACGAGCACACCGAGUUCUAGGAGGAAUCUAGAACUAGCAAGGGCCUCAAGUAUUAACCAGAGAAUCUUCUAAACUUAAUAUAAAACUUAUGUAAAGGAGCUUAGAUUUGGAGUUUAUUGGACUUAUAUUUUAUUUUUAAAUAAUAUAUACUCUUGAUUACAUAUUUAAACCUUCAUGGUUCCUUAAUUUCCAUGCUCAAAGUAAAUACUUCUACUUAAGACACCUUAAUUACUAUUUUUAAAUAUCUAAAUCCUUUCAUAAUACCCCCUUAUGUAUCCACAAUAUCUUUAUGCGUUUUUAUAAUCGAAUCCCCCAGGGCCCUGUCUUGGUGGCAUAAAAAAUAUAAUUAAUUGCAUUUAACUCAA